CCUGGCAGUAAAGCUUAUACUCUAGGGACCUAGAGAUGGAGGAUGAGGCUGGUUGUGGUUACAGAACCCCACAAUUCAAAGAAAGGAAACGAAGCUCCUACACAGGUCCCUGCUCUCAGCAGCCAGGCUGGUGCAUUGCUGCUCUAAUUCUAGGGACUAAGGCCCUGCUGCAGGGAGUUGCAAUAGCUUUAGCUCUGCAAGCCUUGAGGGAGUGUUGUGAAAAGGCUGUGAAGACAGAGGCGUCACUAAGGCAUAACACAAACCACACUUCAGUGGAAGAUACCCAUGGAGCUCACUCCUUGGUACUGAGCAGGCUGAAAGAGAAUCUGUGUGGAAAUAAACAGGGAACAGAGUGUGAGCUCUGCCCCCCUGAGUGGCUGCUGCACAGAGGAAGGUGUUACUACUUCUCAGAGGAGAAGAAAAUCUGGCAGGCCAGCAAAGAUUAUUGUGCAGCCAGGAAAUCCAACCUCCUGAUUUUUGAAAGUGAGGCAGAAAUGGGAUUUUUCAGUACCCAAUAUGAAGAUGCUAGUUUUCGCUGGAUUGGAUUAAAUUUCAAAGAAGGAGGAUGGACAUGGCUUGAUGACCCCAAAUUACAAGGAUACAAUUUUACCAUGAAAGACAGAAAAGGUGGAGGGGGCUGUGCUGCUUUCAAGAAGCAGGAGAUUCAUGCGGAUAGCUGUCAUUCAUCAUACAAGUGGAUCUGUAAGAAGAAGGCAACUCUACUGGAUUUCUGAAACACCUCAGGACUGGCUGCGUACGCAAGCCAUGUCACACUACAUGUUAAAAUGGAUUGCUUCCCAAUAGAGGGCACUUGCGACAUUCUGUACUCCAAAGCAACAUCCUAGUAUCCCAUAUUCACCAUGUUAUAAUUAUAUGUUUUGUACAAAGUAUGCCUUGUAAGGUAUCAUUCUAAAAUGAUGUGUUGAACAUUUAUAUCCUGUUGGGUUAUAUGCGCUAUCAUUGUAUCUAAAGUUAUUAAUAUUUACUAUGUACCAGUAUUUCAAAUGUGUUUGCUCCUGGGUAACACCCACAAGGUAGUUUACAUCCAGUCUAGCCAGCACAUUGUGAAUGAACCAUUCAAGGUAACGGCCCAUUAAGAAACACAAUAGGCCAUGGAAGCAGCUUAUCCCCACCUGAUGGACGUUCCUGUGAACAUUCUAGCCAGCAUAUGUAUAAUGGCUGCUAUGACUCAUCAAAGUAUGCAAGCGCAUGUGACCAGCUCAUGUGACACUGGAUUCCAUCUUGUGCCUGUGCUUUUCCACUAACUGUGCUGGGGGCUUUGUUUGGGACAAUGAAAUUCCCUUCACAUGGAAGAAGCUGUAAAAAGGGGAAGUGACAUCACCACUUUGCCUCACUCCCCCUACAACUCAACACCUGGAAACACCUUAGGUACAAAGACUGAACUGGGAAUGUGGCCGUAGGCCGAAGGGAUUUCUAGCCUGUGUAUGGAAGAUUGGUGGACUGUUCGUAUCAUUAGGGUAAGACAUUGUUUGAUUCAAAUCCUGUCUAGGGUAUAGAACUUAGAUUGCGAUUUGGUUUUAUUUCUUAGGUAACCACUUUGAUCUGUACGCAAUUACUUAUAAUCACUUAAAAAUCUAUCUUUCUGUAGUUAAUAAAUCUGUUUUAUAUUUUUAUUUACAACAGUGUGUUGCUUGAAGUGCAAAGGGAAAUCUGCUCAUCAGCAGGAGCUGGUGCAUUGUCCUCUCCAUAUUGAGGGAGGGGUGGACUGGGUAAUAACUUACACUGGCUAGGCUUCUGACCAGGGCAAGAUGGUAGAGCUCUGGGGUCCCUUGGGAGCUAGGGGGAGUUGGCUGGAGCCUCCAUUGUUGGUUCAUGGGUAGUUGGUGAAAGCACUCAUGUAAUACAACUGGGUGUGUCCCUGUCUGUGAAUGUU